AUAUUUAAGGAAGUAUCAAAUAUAAUAUGUAUGUGACAGAUUUCUCUUUUAUUGAAUACUUAACGAUUUAUAAAACCCUAACAAAACCCCUUUCUCUUCGAUUCCAAAUUACAACAAACGAUGUCGUUUCUCCGAAAACCUCCCAGCAAAACCCUUAAUUCCCUCUCUAUCCUCACCUUCACCCUCCGCCGCUUUGCAACCCAAACCGCCGCCUCGAAACCCUUCCCUGACGUCCCCACCUCCGCCUACUACGACGAAAUCGCCGCAGACGCCGGCAGCUCCGGCAACCUCGACGCACUCCGCGACAUCCUCAACAAGCGCAUCAAAGACGGAUGCUUCAACACGAAGCGAACCUUCAGCUUCAUCACCAACACCAAUUUCUCUCCCUCCCUCGUCGACGACCUCAUCGGAACAUUUUCUCGCCUCAAACAAGGCUUCACGCGCAAGAACGCGUUCGAAUCCCUCGUCACGCGCCUCUGCAAGCUCCACCGCGUCGAUGACGCGCUGCGCGUGGUUGAAUCGAUGGCGCGCGGCGGCGGAUGCGAACUCACCGCGUCCACGUUCCACCCCAUUCUCAACCUCCUCACCAGGGAAAAAUCCAUGGACCAAGCGCAGCGCGUGGUGGAUCUCAUGGCUCGGCUCGGCGUGCGGCUCGACCUGACGGCUCACAACAUGUUCCUCAUGGCGCACUGUUUCGCCGGCGACCUGGCCGCGGCGGCCGAAGUAUUGAGGAGGAUGGAGGAGGAGGGUUUUGAGGCGGACGCGCGUACGUUCGACGCGCUGGUGAUGGGCGCGUGUAGGACGGGGAAGGUGGAGGGUGCUAUGGUGAUGGUGAGGAGGAUGGUGGAUGAUGGAGUGCCCAUGGUUUACUCCACACACAUGCAUGUGAUUGUAGCGUUGCUGAAGAUGAAGUGCUAUGAGCAAGCUGUGAAGUAUGUGAGGAGUUUCAGUGGGAAGGAUAAGGCGUUGGAUGCUGAGCUUUUUGGGUGUUUGGGUAGCAAGCUUGUGAAUUUGAAGAGCUUUGAGAAAGCAAUGUUGAUUUUGGAAGAAAUGAACCAAAGGGGUUUGCCAAUGGGUUAUAAAUUGAGGGAAUUUUAUGAAAUGAAUGUUGGAAAUGAUAAAUGUAAGACUAGUAGUGAUUGAUAGUGGAGGAUAUUUAGUGUGGAUGUGAAAUGAUAAAUGUAAGACUAGUAGUGAUUGAUAGUGGAGGAUAUUUGGUGUGGAUGUGAUUUGUUGAGUGUGAAGAAAAUGAAGAGCUAGAAUUAUAAUUUGUCCUUAGGAUAGUUCCAUGACCCUUUUUUUCUUUGGGACAAGAAUUGCUAUUAUGUGCAAUGGAUAAAUUGGUGAUGGUUUUAGAUUUGUAGGAGAUGGAAGACAAAUAAUUAUUAGAAAAUA